UUCAAUAAAGGAAUUGCUGCUUUUACAGCUUUUUUUUACAGUAUAGAAGUUAUGUGUAAAGGCAUGUUGUGAUCUCAUCUGAUUUCUUAACUGUGGACUAAUAUAUCAUUGAUGACUCGCAUAGAGUUCCAGAGCUGCUUAAAAGUGAUUUUUUAAAUCAUGCUGUCAAUGUGUAACCAGAUGUAAACCAAGUGGUCUCUGUGUUCUUGAUACAGCAUGAAUAAAGUCACCUAACCCUGAAAAGACAUGAAGUGUAGUCUAGUGGUUUACCAGAGAAAGAUCUCUGUUUAGAGACACACAUUUUGGUCUUAGCUAAGGAUGAAAGUCAACUGCACAAUGUCCAAACAAUUGCACAAGAAUCUUGAAUUCGUUUCACUUCCCCCUUUUAUGCAUUUAAAGAGUACAUAACAUGAGAUCAUGAAAAUGACAUUUCAUGCUGUGUGUAAUGUUGCCGUGUUUGAAUGUAAGCAGUCUGCCAAGUUGUAAAUCCGAAUUGGAAUGAAUAACAAAGUUAUUGGCUUGGAAAAAAGGGAGUCGACUCUGAAUCACUCAAAUGAGUCGUCCGAUUGGCGAACCGCUGCGGAUUUACGUCACUACAUAUAGUCCCUGCCUACGUUUUGCUAGGACUGCCCGCGAAAACUUCACUCUUCUCCCCCAAACACUGUAGCUUGUGAUCCUCAUUCGCGGUAAACCAAUCACAGCAGACUAGACCAUCUGACCAAUCACAGCAGACUAGACUAGUGGAAAGGAGGGGAUUAGACAGAUGAAUCGUGGAACGUAUCAUUUGAGUGUCAGUCAAGAAGUAAGGUAAGAAUAACUGCCUAUUAUUACGAAAUAAUCGUGUUUUUACACCUUCUAUGUGCAUAAACUUGUUGUUAUACACUCCAUAAACCAAAGUGGGACCUUAAAAAUCCCUAGUUAUGUACUCUUUAAUGAAUCCGUGAGCGUGAGCCUUUAUCCCAUUCAGUACUACAAAACUGAGAUCUCUAUUUGACACCUGCAGUGAGAUGAUUUAGGUGUUGAGCUAGGAAGGGCACUGCAAGUAACUGCUGGGAUUCUCGCUUUCAUCGUGAAAGCAUUUCUGUUCUCGUAUAGCGGAGUCAUGAUAAGAAUGUUCAUGCUAUCCUGUCUCAUAUUCCAGUUUUGCUGUGGGUCACAAAAUGAGAAAUGUGGAUUCUAUGUGAUAAUGACACCGUUUCAACAUAUCUCAUGUUUCGAAAUGAUGAAGAAUGCGGACCAAGUUUGUGGAUCUCAUCAAUCAAACAUCAAUCAAUCAAUUUGCAGUACUCACAACAAAAAUGCCAUGUUGUGUAUCAAGUGGCCUUCAACUAUUCAACUGACAUGUGUAAUGACUGAUUCUGAACAGAUUCUUAAUGGCAAAAAGUGUGCCUGUGACCAAAAAUCUAUCAGUUGCCAAGGAGAGUAUGAAUCUGCUGAACCACCAAAUUCUGUGUCUACACUGUCAUUAAGCAUCCCUUUGAUAGCAGCUUUGGUUCCUGCGGCCAUUUUUGCUUCCCACCAGAUGGCGCUGUAACACUACAGAUUUCCUACUGCUAAGACAAGUUUCCUAAAAACUAUAACAUAUUUCUUAAAGUCACCAUUCAAACAAACAGGAAAAUUCUAAGUGUUUUACACAGUGUUGCAGUGAUUAUUAUAAAUGAUUUAUCUGUGCACACCAUUAUGAAUUUUUCUUAUUCAUUUGCACUUGUAAUCUUUAAUCAAAAACGUCUAGCUCCUCUCCCCCUCUCAACAACAACUCUUCGCCGCAUGACGUCAGCAACAAAAAAGAGGUAGGACUAUACUGACUGUCCAAUGGCCAGGCAUUUUAGCCCUCCCCUCCAGGCCCACCUUACAACAAACCAAUCAAAAAGGGAAGGGCAAAAUAAAGCCCCGCCCUACAUUUUUUCCUAAUUUCAGAAGCCGUUUCACUCGGAUACACGUCAUGAUACGGAAAAAAAGUCAAUCGCAACUUCCGUUUCAAACUGUCAACAUUUAUUUGCACUUGAAGAAGAUAAAUGUAAUAAAAAAACGGACUACUUCUAAACAAUUGAACGAUUUUAAAAUUUAUAAAAUAUAAAUGCAUAUAUAAAACUGCAUAAAAAUCCUCCACCUUUCCUAACACUUUCAAAUUCAUUAUAACCUCUAACUGACAUGAAUCAUUGUUCACAGCGACCUCUAAACAUUACAUUUACAAAUGUACACUACUUCAUUUUCUUUAAAUAUGCAUAUGCAGUUUUGAUUUUGUGUCUAUAGUUUUAAGGAAAUGUGUCUUAUUUAUACAGCCUAAAUUUCAACGUCUAUAUAAUUAAUUUGGUUAAAUGUUAACUCUUUUCGACGGGACAAGAGACAAUAGAACGCAUUAGAACCCAUUAUCAUUUAAAAUUUUGUCCACACCUGACGUGGCGCGAUGCGGCGCGACAAUCCCAUUAGAACAAGCCGUGUGGCCAACGAACAAAAUUAGCACAGGUUAUAUUGAUUUUGUUUUGCUUAUACAUAAUAAAGUCUCCAUACGAUGUUUGCUGCUUGGCAAACUUUCCACAGAAUUAGCCACUAAAUGAACCCAAACAAAUGUCCAAAAGUUACUGACAGGCAUAGAGAGUACAGUGUACGGCACGUCAACAUGACGGUUUUGCAACAACCAGGGAGAUGACACAAACACAUUGCCCUCCGUCUAAACAUCCUGCUUGUUUGGUCAAUGCAAAGACUGUUACGUUUCGUGAUGGUGCUACUGAGAAUGGAGAUACAUUCAGACAAAAAGCAACAGCCAUCAUAACUGACAGGGUCACAGUGAGUCUGACUGACAGCAGCUCCUGUGGUUUAUAGCAGCAAAGGUGAUGGGGGAGGUACUCCGGGGGCCGGUUCUGGAGCGACCACAGUGUUCAUUCUACACUUUUGGUCCCCGUGGUCUUGUUUUCCCAGAAUGCCCUGUAGAAGCGCUAACCUCUCGAGCCCCGAGUAUGUUUACUCAGAGUUAAUGAAUGAGCUAGUGUUGGAGUGGGAGGGGGCUGAGUAAAUAUAUUCCUGUAGCAUGGCUGUGGGUUCGAUUCCCAGGAAAAACACACUUCUUUCUAUAUUUCAGCUUUUUUCCCAUCUGUUAUUUCACCCCGAUGAUCAUAUUAUUAAAAGCUAGUCGGUGGCACAGAGACAAACCACAGGAAUAAAAAGCUUCACUAACACUGGCAAGAAAAAAUGAGGGGGUGAGGGGGGGCAGUGACUUAGCACGAAGAGACAAAUUGCCCUUGAGGUGACAUAUGCGGGGUCAAUCCAGCCAACUCUCACUUCAACAAUUCCAAUUGAGUAAACACAACACAGACAAAUGGCAGGGGUGUAAAAGAAAGAAAAGGGGCCGUCCCUACUCGUUCUCUCCUAAGCGGGAGGGAGAGAACGUCCAGAGGGAGGAGGCGAUCAAAGAGCAGAGGAAGCGAGUGAAGAGAGAAGUGGCGCUCUGUUUGUGGAGCAGUACGGGACCAUGCUGUCAGGCUGCUCUUUGAUCUGGACCGGGGCGCUCCUUUUGGGGCUCCAGGCUUUGCUGACCCGGGCGUCUGACUUCCAACACCACGGAUAUGAGGAGAUGGUGAGAGCCCUUUUUGCGGUCCAAAGCGAGUGCCCCUACAUCGCCCGCGUCUACAGCAUCGGCCGGAGUGUGGAGGGUCGACACCUUUACGUGUUGGAGUUCAGUGAUAAUCCAGGCGUCCAUGAAGCAUUGGAGCCAGAGUUCAAGUACGUUGGGAACAUGCAUGGGAACGAGGUGCUUGGCAGGGAGCUGCUCAUCUACUUAUCCAAGUUCCUGUGCGAGGAAUACCGGUCAGGAAACGAGCGGAUCACACGGCUUAUUCACGACACACGGAUCCAUAUCCUUCCUUCCAUGAACCCGGAUGGAUAUGAAGUGGCGGCCAGGCAGGGUCCAGAGUUCAACGGCUACUUAGUGGGCCGUGGAAAUGCCAAGGACACAGACCUGAACCGCAAUUUCCCCGACCUGAACGCUCUGAUGUACUACUAUGAGAGGCACAGUGGCCAAAACCACCACCUGCCGCUGCCAGACAACUGGGAACUACAGGUUGAGCCGGAAACUUUAGCUGUGAUCAAAUGGAUGGACAAUUAUAACUUUGUUCUCUCAGCUAACCUCCACGGUGGAGCUGUUGUUGCCAACUACCCAUUCGAUAAGUCCCGAGAGCCCCGGAUAAGAGGCAGGACGACAUACUCAACCACGCCUGAUGACAAAAUAUUCAGAAAGCUGGCAAAGACAUACUCCUAUGCCCACAGCUGGAUGCAUAAGGGCUGGAACUGUGGGGAUUACUUUGAUGAAGGGAUUACAAAUGGAGCCAGCUGGUACUCUUUGUCAAAGGGUAUGCAGGACUUCAACUACCUCCAUACUAACUGUUUCGAGAUCACCCUGGAGCUCAGCUGUGAUAAGUUCCCUCCAGCAACGGCCCUCGCCAACGAAUGGCUCGCCAACAGGGAGGCUCUGGUGUCCUACAUGGAGCAGGUGCACCAUGGGAUCAAAGGGAUGGUGUAUGAUGAAAACAACAACCCGAUCACCAAUGCCGAGAUCUCUGUGACAGGCAUAAACCAUGACAUGACCAGCGGGCCGGAUGGAGACUAUUUCCGGCUACUGUUGCCUGGGACCUACACGGUUACCGCAUCUGCACCAGGGUACCAAGCCUUUACCAGCACAGUGACAGUGGGACCUGCUGAAGCUGUACAGCUACAUUUCUAUUUGAAACUUCAGCCCAAAGUGUCAAACUUGCAUACAAAAGCUCAUCCCAACAAGAAAGGCCAUUCGACAGCUAAAGUUCCUCCCACCAACCUUGGGCCAAGAUAAAGAGCAUGAACGUUUCUGUCAACGAAGACAAAACUCUGUCUCUGUUUUUUAAAACUGAAGAUGAGUAGAAAAUGAAAAGCAAACAUGGACUCUCACUGUGACGAACCGUAUAGUCGUUUGCAUAGAUGCAUAAGAGUGUGUUUUUCAGAAAUACAAGUUUUGCUCUCAUGUUCUUUUAGAGCUUAAAUCUGUAUGUAUAUCUCAGAGGGUUUGGGUUACAAGAACAAGGAAAUAUAAGUGAACAAAAAUAUUUCUCAUUUUAUGAGAAAUUAGCCACACUAAUGGUGACCUUUAGAUGGGUUGUUAUUGGAUACUGUAAACUAUAUCUAAAUAUGAUAUGAGGUAGGUUAAAGAAUAAUUAUCUCAUAUGUGGAUAAUAAUACUAAAAAUGUUAUCAUUUAAAAAUAAACCAAGACUGGUGUUUAAUACA